CCUUUUCUAUUUUUCUCGCACUCUGCAGGUCGACCCACCGAUCCCAGAUGUCGUGCCCCGCCCAGAGCCCGUGGAUAUCAAGGAGGAGCCCGGCGAGAGCGACAGUGAGAGCGACAGCAGCAGCAGCAGCAGCGUCAACUCAAACACUCCCGCCGUCUCUCCAUGCAUGCUGCCAUCUACGUCCACCAAGCCACCAGGCACCAUGCCAGCGAGGACCGCCAGCAUUGUUGGACAGGUCAAACGUAAACUGGCUCAAGAUCUCUCCUCGUCGUUCCUUUCGUCAUCAUCAGACGACGACAGCGACGAUGUCGGACCUCCCCUGCUUCGAAAGGAAACCCCGAUUAAGAGAUUAUGCUGUGGUUUUAAAGCUAAGUCUAUUCCUAAGAUUAAACGAAAGGACUCAUCUUUGAUCAAGAAAUCCAAGUCAUCCAUGUCAGAUGGUAGGUCCAAGUCGACCUCAAUUGCAACGACAGCUAGAAUUCCAGUACCGCUUAAGAGGAAAAAGAAGGAAGGGAAGAAGAAGCUGAAGAAGAAGAAAAAGAUGCCAAAGCCAAAGCUAAAGAAUCCAUCACCGGUUUCAAGAAUUCGGAUCAUGCGAAAGACGAAGAAAGAUGGGACUGUUCUCCGAACUAAGCAUUAUGAGCAUGAGGACGGUACGGUUACUAUCAGAAGAUUGAAACCCAAAGAAAAGAAACUGAAAGGGAAAGGGAAAGAAAAAAGAAAUAUCAAGGUUAUCAAGACAAAUGCUGUUGUUCGGAAAGAGAGUUUACCGAAACUGAAGAAGAAGAAAAAGAAAAUGAAGGUGAAACAGCAGCCUGUGAUUGUACCGCAAAAGAAACUGAAAUCAGAGAAGAAGAUAGUGAAAGUGAAAACGAAAACAAAAGUGAAAGUAAAGAAACAAAAGAUAUCAACACCAACAACUCCGCUCCCGCCGCCACCACAUUCUCUUUCGCGCCAUUCAUCAACAACAUCAUCAUCGUCAUCAUCAUCGUCUUCAUCUUCAUCAUCAUCAUCAUCAUCAUCGUCAUCGGCAUCACCUUCCCCAAUGCCACCGUCGUCGCCCAAACACACCUCACAUCAUCUCUCGUCAUCGCUGGUGUCGAGACCCGUCAAGUCGGAGGUGACCGCCGAGCUCGUGCCCCCACCCAAGCACGCGGCCGAGGUGAAAGAAACCGAGUUCGGUAAGCUCGGUCCUAUUAAGAUCGUCAUCCGGAGCAACUCGCGUUCAUCAGAAGUCGAUGAGAAGAGCCCGAGGAAGGACAAGAGCCCCAUGGGUCACAAGAAAGAUGGAAGCUUGUUUAGCCCAACCGCCACAAUGGAAUGCAGCCUGGUUAGUCCAACUCCUGACCCGCCCAUGCCGACUAUCACAGAGAGUAAUGGCAGUGUCAAAACAAGCAAUGUGGUUGCCACUGGUUGCAAGUCGGGCAAUGUUGCCAGCACUAAGGCCAGCAGCCUUGUUACCAAUGGUGCCAAAUCGAGCACGCCUCCCAGCAUCGGUCCCAAGUCAACCAUCAGCGGCACUGGCAAAUCAAGUAGUGCCGUGACGAGCGCUGUAAAGCCAGGUACCACUGUUAACACCAGUGUAAAGACGAGCAGCUCGACCGGGAACACCAAUGUAAAGACGAGCAACUCGGCGGGGAACACCGGUGUGAAGACGAGCAGCUCGUCGGGGAACAUCGGUGUGAAACCGAACGGCUUGACAGGGAACACAAGUAUAAAGCCGAGCAGUUCGGCAGGGAACACCGGUGUGAAGCCGAGCAGCUCGGUAGGAAACAGCGGUGUGAAGAUGACUAGCUCGGUAGGGAACACCGGUAUGAAGCCGAGCAGCUUGACAGGGAACACAGGUAUGAAGCCCAGCAGUUCGGCAGGGAACACCGGUGUGAAGCCGAGCAGCUCGGUAGGGAACACAGGUGUGAAGACGAGCAGCUCGGCAGGGAACACCGGUGUGAAGCCGAGCAGCUCGGUAGGGAACAGCGGUGUAAAGGCGACCAGCUCGGCAGGGAACACCGGUGUGAAGCCGAGCAGCUCGGUAGGGAACAGCGGUGUAAAGGCGACCAGCUCGGCAGCGAACACCGGUGUGAAGCCGAGCAGUUCGGCAGGAAACACCGGUGUGAAGCCGAGCAACUCGGCAGGGAACACAGGUGUGAAGCCGAGCAACUCGACAGGGAACACCGGUGUAAAGCCGAGCAGCUCUGCCGCCACGAGCGGCGCCAAGUCUAGUACUACUGCCGCUGUGAGUAGUGUCAAGUCGGACCACAUCCCUAACAGCAGUGUCAAGUCGAGAGUUGUUGGAAAUAGCAGUUUUAAGUCGAGCACAAUUGACUGUGGCAGCACCAUAUCCAAUGACAGCAGCAUCUCCAAGACCAACUGUAUCUCCAAGACCAACGCCAAGCCGAGCGGCAGCAUCCCCAGCAGUCCUACCGAGUCCAUGACGGACAAGACGGUGAACUGUAAAAAGGCCCCUCUGAAAAGUGCACCGACUUCCAAAAACCUUGUAGAGAGUAGUCCAUAUGACUAUGAGGAUGAGGAUGAUUGUCCGUUGGUUAUAGAUGAGAAACCGUUGAGCAAACCCGAAAAGAGCCUUCAAUCCUCCAUCAAGAAAGAUGACAACAUUGUAUCCAUAAAACAAAACAGUUCAAUGAAUGCCAAUAAGAAGGCCUCUCAUCUUCCCAAAGCUCUCGACAAGAGGCAAGAUGCCAAACCCACUGGUAUCAAGGAUUGCAUCAAGAACAGUAACUGGAGUUUAAAUCGCUCCGAACUUAUCCCUAAGAAAAUCAAUGCCCCAAUGCCAAUUACAUGUCCAAAGUUUCCAAAGACCAACGAUGGUUUGAGCGGACUUGAAGCGCGUGGAAAAGUAACGAAUCAGGAGCCGAAAGCGAAGAACGAAAACUUGAGUAAAAUCUUGAACGCACCCUUGCGAGAAAAAGUCGUUCCAAAGUCAAUUGCACACCAUUCCAAGUCAGCCUUGACAACUCCAGUCAAUUCUUGGGACAAGCAAAUAAAUGGAAGCGUGAAUAGAAAACCGAGUCCUGUCGUACCUGUUGUGAAUCGUGUAGAAUCCGUAUCGAGUCGUCCUGAAUUCGUUAGGAAUCGUGAGCCUAAUGGAACAAAAGCUCAUCCUAAACCGUGUUUGAAGCAGAAAAAUGGACACUUAACUGCUAUGGAUUCGUAUAAUAUGACAUUUAACACAAAGCCAGGUACGGGGCUGGAAAAGCCGAAACCCCCUGCACAAUCUCUUAAACGAAAUCUCAGCCCCGUCGAACUGAAUAACAACAUCACCAAGACCCUUGAUAAACGCGUGAGUGUCUUGAAGGAAACCGUAAAGUUGCAGGAGAAAUCAAAGUGUGCUAAAACCUUAUGCAAGAACGUAGUCGAACGCGUAGAGAAGAAGGACUGUUUGUCGAUGUCGUUGCCCCCUCAUCAUCAACCAAUUCGAGUUCCUGUUGUCCCCAAGCCCAUCCUUACUGUCCGAACCGAGCAGAGAGCACCUUCGUUCACGGCAUCGUCGGUGGAUUCGCCACUGGAUCUGAGCCUGAAGUCUCCGUCUGCUGCAAAGAUCAAACGAGAGCUAUGGCGUCCUCAGCCGGAGAAGGUCGAGAAUAUUCUCGUCACUGACGUGAAGAUGCGAGAUUUUACCAUCACCAUACGUGAAAGCAACACGGCUGAAGGUUUCUUUACUCAAUCAUGAUAGAUGACAAAACUCCCGUCAAGAGAAAUUUUCCUUUCAUUUGAUUAGUUAGUUUUUGUUUUUUCAUUAUCAUUGACUAUCAUUAAUCUGAAAUAUUAGUUUAAUUUAUUAUUAGUGUAACUGUUGAACGCCAUUCAAAAAUCCUGUCUUUUUUUUCUUCAUCCUCCUCCUUCUUCUCCUUCUCCUCCUUCUCCUUCUCAUUCGUCUUCUUCUUCUUCUUCUUCUUCUUCUUCUUCUUCUUCUUCUGUCUAUUUUGGAAGAGGGGUGGUUUUGUUUUACUCAAGUAUGAACUCUCAAUUUCCUGCCGGUUUUUGUUUUCUCAUUUGUGAGAUCAUAAUUGUAUAUCGAUGUCAGCGUCAACAUUUACUGAUAAAAUGUUAUUCCCAAAGAGUGGAUGUAUUUUACAGCAUAUCAGAAUAUAAUAUCCAUGGCAAUGUUGAAGACAAGAGAUUUCAUAUAUCAAACUUUCGAUGUAGAGAGUCAUUAUAGUUUGCCAACUUUGUUUACUUCCUAACACACUAUAAAUGCUUCUUUUUGUUAUUAGUAAUGUUUUAAACGGAGGAUGAUCUACCCUCUCGAUAUUUAGUAUCCAGUUAAUGCAACUUGAAACAAGAUGUACGUAUUUAAUAUGUAUGCACUUGAAAUAUAUACAGCACUGCCGUUUUAUCAUAUUUGAUAUUAUGAGGAAGAUAUGAGAUGCGUUUCAAUGUUGUUAUCAAGAGAAUGUACAACUUGGAAACAAUAUUUAUUUACGACAUUUGACUUGAGUGACUAAACGAUGGGAUAUCGCUAUACGUAGCGCACUUAAAGGAUUGUCAUACAUCGUUUAUCUUUUUAUCGUGAUUACUCGAUUUACAAGAAAAUAAAGAACAUAAACUGAAAUCGUAAUGACGAUUCAUAUUAGCACAGUAUUAAUGACAAGUGAUGAAUAAUCAUGUUUGUAUAUGGUAUAGUCAUUUACAUAAUUUUCAAUUGUAUAAUUUUGAAUGAUUCGUGUUCAGAUCAUUGUAGAUCCAUAUGGAUGAAGAGAAUAUAGAUUGUAUUUUAUCUUAUUAUUAUAUUAUUGUACCAAAUCUACAAGAUACUAGGUAUUGUAUAAAUUAAAGCUUUCAAAAUGUGUAUUAUAGAACACAUUUUGUUUACAUACAGGAGCGGUGAAAAGAAACAUCUCAUUCGAGCAAAUAUAUUGUAAUCAUGAAUGCGAUAUUUUUUCAAUGGCAUUAAAAUUCGGUAAUCAUUGCUUGAAUUUGAGACACAUAUAUGAACUAAAUGAAAUGAUUGAAAUUUCCCACAACACGAAUGUAGCUCAUCUGUAAUCGCAGGAACAAGAACUUAAACUGUUAUAGAUAUAAGUACAAUUUGUAUACUUGCAUUUUAAUGGUGAUAGCAUAUUCACCUUCUGUAGGCCUUGUCGAAAGUCCUUACAACAUCAACUUUAUUUGUCUAAAUAAGAAAGUACAUACAGCGCCAUUCCUGGUAAUAUAAUAAUUCAAAUUAAUUUCAUGUCAAUGUAUGACAUAUAAUUGGUAUGAUUUUCAACCCUAAUAUUGUUAACAAUUGGGUUGUGUGUCUUUGUUAAUAUUGCGCCCAGACUAUAUCCAUUGCCCUUUUGUUAGAACAUUUUGCAAUAUCCGUUCCAGAAAAAAACAGUAUUCCCAGUAGAUAUGACAUGUCGUAUUAUGUUAAGAUAAAAUGGUGCUAGUGAAUACUGCUGUGCGCUAAAGCUAUUUACAACCUUGAUUAUUUUGUAUCCAGGCAUCCAACGGAUUUCGCUAAUCUUGCCGCCAUUUAAACUCCUUUUGUUACAAUGAAUAUUAACGAUGACUUUUUUUGUCUGCAUUAAUACACAAAGAAAUGUUUUUUAAAUGUUUUGCUUCGAGAAACCUUGAAAGUAUGAUCAUAAUAAGGAUGUAGCUAUAACCAAAAUGGUGGCAUAUUUGGGAGCACAGUUACAGAAUGACAGAAAGAGAGAAAGAGUUGUUAACUUUAACGAAGGUGGAUGAAUAUAUAAAGGAGAAAUGUAGCAUAUUGAUAUAGACAAAGAGGGUAUUAGACAUGCAGAUGAAAAGGAGAAGAUAUAUAGUAUGUGUUUGGUGAAGAAAAACUUUGUUAUUAUGUUUGUGAUUAGUAUUAUGAAAAUUUAGAUGUAAUUUAGAAUAUUUGUAUAUACACUUAAAUAUCAGUUCCACACGCUAGUCCGCUGAGGAACGACAAAUAUCAGUAUUAUGUGUUCAUCAUUAUUUGAUCGUCUAGGAAUAUUAAUAGAACGCAAAUACAUUGAUGCGCCAAAUUAUAUUCAUGGAAUAUGUAUCAGGGCCUGGGUGAUGUUUUUAUGUUAAGAUACAAACCAUUUUAGAAAAAUGCUGAUGCAAAACCAUCUACAAGAAUUUAUGAGUGGGAAAUUUUUCCCUAGAAAAGACAGUAUAUAUAUAUAUAUAUAGCGAUUGCUUUAACAGCAAAUAAUUAUUUUUAUUUCAUUUUAUUCUCCUUGUUAAUGUUAUUUAUAAAGUUUCUGUUCGUAGCUAUCGCUGUAUUUAUACCACUAAAGUAUUCUAAAAACACGACAAAAGUCAUUAAAAGAAAAGAAAAACACCCAUCAAGCUAAUUAACAUUCCAUUUCCAUCCCACGCGAUUGAUAAAUAACAACCAAACGACACGAAUCAAAGUCAUUAUUAUACAGUAAUAAUGUCAAAUGAUUACUAUGCCACUUCUCUUCUGCAUACAUUAGAGAUAUACAUGUAUUUGGUUACGCACUGUUAUGCUUG